GUAAGAUGGAUCGUAGGGGAUUAUAGUGGCCAUGACAAGGUGUAACAUGGAGGCGUAGAUCAAUAUUAGAAGUGUUUUGCUUCGGCUGUCAAGGAUUUGUGCUAUAUUUAUAGUUCAUUUCCGUAUUCUGGAUUGCUUAAAGGAUUUUUAAGAAAUGAGAUGGCACAAACAUAUAUUUUGCCUGUUACUGGUGUAUAUCGGUGCUCAAGGAUUAGGUGAUCCGUAUAAAUUAUUAGGGAUUCAAAAAACUGCAACGCAGCAACAAAUCCGAAAAGCUUAUAAACAGUUGGCGAAGGAAUGGCAUCCUGAUAAAAACAAUGACCCUGCGGCUGAAAAUAGAUUUGUGGAAAUUAAUCAAGCUUAUGAGUUGUUGACGGAUCCUGAACGUAAGAAACAUUUUGAUACUUUUGGUAUAGUGGUGGAAGAAAGUCCACAGCUCCGCAAAAAACGAGAUUAUAAUCAGUAUCAAAGGUUUGAUCCUUUGGAGGAAUUAUUUGGAACGCAGACUGGUGGAUAUAAAUUUCGUUUCCAGGACCGUGACAUCACUCUUUUCCAUAAGCUGAGAGUUACAACAAGAGCAUAUGAACACAAGCUUGUUCCAAAGAGUUAUGAAGUACCCUACCUGAUCAUGUUCUAUUCAGAUUGGUGCUUUCCAUGUUUGCAAAUUGAACCAAUCUGGCGCCGUGUCACAGAAGAAUUGGAGCCAGUUGGAUUUGGUAUAGCAACAGUUCAUGCAGAAAAUGAGCCUUUACUGGCUCGAAAAAUUGGUAUUCAUUCUCUUCCAUGUUUAAUUUUACUCAUGGAUGGAAAAGCAAGUGUUUACAAAGAGACAUUAUACAGUGUACAAAAAGUUGUGGAUUUUGUGAGGAACAGGUUUCCAUACAAGUUGGUCCAGCCAAUUACAGAUGACAACGUGAAUGCGUUCUUGAAUGGCUGGAUAGAUAACCGUGUUCGAGCGCUCAUAUUUGAACGCCAAGAAUCUAUUAGAUUGCGAUACUUGCUCAUGGCUUUCUACUACAGAGAGAGGGUAGCAUUUGGGUUUGUUCACCUAAAUUCUCCAAACUCCGAGAACAUCCAGAGGAAAUUUAAAGUUCCUCGUGAUAUUGAAACCCUCCUCCUCUUUAAUGAAAAUAUCAGUCGAUCUGUGGCAAGUCUCAGUAUGGCUGAUAUUCCUGUUAAGACAAUGCAAGAUGUCAUUGAUAAUAACAAAUACCUUAUGUUACCAAGGUUAUCUUCUCAGGGUAUGUUUGAUGCAUUGUGUCCACCAGAAAGGGCACCCCCUCGUAAACGUCUGUGUGUGGUGUUGGUUUCUGAGAAUACACCAUAUCACGAUGAACCGCGCCAGGCACUACGUGAAUUUGCACAGGAAGCACCCUACAGUGCAGAUAGAGUUCGCUUCACAUACAUUUUUCAGGAGAGACAAACAGAAUUUGUCAGUGCGCUGGCUAAUGGAGAAGGAAGUCCAGUGGAACCACUUCUACAUAUUGUGAUAAUCUGGAGGCGAGACAAUAAUCAUAUAAAAUAUGAGUGGCUCCCACAUACUUGGAAUGGUGCAAAGAGUCAUGAGUGGAAUGAAACAAGGGAUCAUUUGGAGUUGACAAUUCAGAGACUUUUGCAUGCUUCUGGGGCUCUGUCAUGUGAAGCUGUAAUAAAGGAGCUCAUUGAUGAACAUGCUCAGGGCAUGAUGUCUAGAAUUGUCAUGAAACUUCUUCAGACUGCUGAUUUCUUCAAAGACAACAUUACAAAGGAUCAGCUGUUACCCCUGCUAUCCAUCCUUGCUACAAUUUUAUUUAUUGUUGCUGGUGGCUAUGUUUUAUCAUAUAUUGUACGAAUGGAGGAAGAAAGCAUAAAGAAGCAGCAGUAUGCUCAUGGACAGAACAUUACAGAUGAAGAAUUAAUUUCUAAUGAUACAGGGCAAAGUGACGGAUUCACAUGUAAUAACAACAGAACACCAAAAGCAGCAGUACCGCAGUUACGACUUUUGCAUGAACUGCGUGCAGAGACAUACAACGGCAUGGUCCGAAUGCUAAAACCAGGCUGUCGUACAAUUGUUGUUCUGGUAGAUGCUCAGUCAAAGAACAAAUUAUUACCAGAGUUCCACAGAAUUGUGUGGCCUUACCGAAAGAACAAAACACUUAUGUUUGGCCAUAUGACUUUGGAACGUGGAUUGGAUUGGUACAAAUGCCUUUUGACAUUAAGUUUACCGGAACCAAGAGAUUUGAAUAUCAAUCCUCGUAACUGCAUUGGUACUGUCCUGUCACUCAACGGGCAUCGCAGAUACUUCUGCAUGUAUCAUGCUAAACAUCCAGAAUGCAUUAAGGGCAAAGCAUCCAAGCGCUUUUUUUUUAAGCGGAUGCUGAAAAUGACGAAACGUUUUAGUAAUGCAGCCGUUGGAACAAAUGGUGCUUUCAUGGGUUUUGACACAAGUGAAUCUGAUGAUACUGAAACAUCGGAUCUGGAGCAAGGAAGUCGCCUGUUGGAUGAUGCUACUGUCUCUGACAAGUACAGUAAUGUGGUUUUCCAAGGAAACCUGCUUGAUGGUCUUCCCAACUGGUUGGACCGCUUAUUUGAAGGCACAACACACCGAUAUUACAUCAACUAUUGGCCAGACUUUGUCCCAAAGUAAUGUAAUAGCAUUGUAAGUGGAUUGACAGUAGUAAUUCAU